UAUCAGUGCAAACACUACUUGGGCCGGUUCGCUGUCUGUGACACACGGCAUGAGACUGGCUUGAACCAGUUCUAAAGGCAAUGUAUCGUUUAGGUGACAAACAAGUGGACUUUGCCUGUCUUAAUUGAAUGGUGUGGUCGUUGGAGUAUUUGCGAUUGGUUCAGCUCACAGACGAGCCCCUUUUUUGAAUGAUGUACCGGUUAUUCAGUUUCACAAUCGCACGAGGCCAUUCAGGUACAUGCAUGGUUUGCAUGUGGUCAAAGGAAGUCUGCAAAAUGCUGGUUGCCGCGGGCGCAUCCUUUCAAAGAAGUCGGUGGAUGGGACAGUGUAUUGUCUUCUGCAGACUCCAGGGACCUUGUUAAACAUUGGGUCUCCAAGCUGCCUGGAUAAAGUUGUCUUACUACAUGUACAUUGUCGUAGUAGUGGUUUGCUGAGUAUUGGCCUCCAAGGGCUUACAACUGUUGUCCUGGUGUGGAGAGCAGAAGCAUCUGUUCUCGGAUGAAGCGGGCAUUGCUUUUCUAACAAGGAAAUCUGCAAGGAGUAUUGCUUAGUUUUCUACAUGUGCAGUGCACUGGUUGUUAAUACUUUGUGUUGCUAGAGCAGUACUGCAAGUCUGCAUACAAGUACUAGUUUGUGUAUCCAUCCAGCAUCAAUUCUACCUAAUAUUGCAUGGUCAUCAUCGAUUAACUUCAGACAUGUGGCGCAAGCCUCAUCAUAGUUUCAACGGAACGUGACUCGUGCAGUAUUGACAAGACAGUAGAAGGCCUGGACAUACCUGUAGCUCCACUUUGUACAUUGCAUGGUAACUCUGCAUUUAUGUGUGUCAACAUGAAUAUUGGUCUGUUUGUAUUCAUCCGAGAUCUUUAUGACAUCCACAUGUACGGAACUUGAGCGCAAACGUGACAUUUACAGGAGGCAGAUUGUAUUCAGCAGAUACCCUGGAGGUUACUUUGCAACAGGCCAGACAUCAUCUGCGUUUCACGUUCUGCCACUGUGAAUACAAAUUAGCUUCUAAUGGAACAAAAGCAGACAGGCACAUAUCUAGAGGAAUCAAACUCAAUGUGCAAUAGUGUACAUGUAUAGGCCCUCAAAUCUCUUCAAGUGAUUUCAUCGAAACGUUAACUGGUGUCCUUAUCCCCAACGAGGUAUAUCCCCGGGGUCACUGUACAAAUAAGGCUGCAGUGUCUUCAGUGAUACCUAAAAGACCUGAUCGACACUUUGUAAACCCAAUCUUCUUGAGAACAUGUGCACUGCUAAAGUGGCAGAGCGACUUCGGAGUUGUGAUUUGGAGCACAUGCCAGAUCACAUCUGCCACAAGGAUGUUGGAAUUGGAGCAAUGUAUCCCAGAAGCACCUUUCGGCUGUGGGAAACCAUGCAUCUCCUGCUAGUCCUGUGCCUCAUGAUUGCUGCUUAUCUCGGAGCCGUCUACCGGCAACGACUAAACAUGACUGAUGAACUACAUGUAGUUCCUGUUGAAGAUGUGCCACCAGAGACCGCUAACUACUCAGAUGAGUUGAUGGACGGCAGAAUGCACGUACACAUACCAACAGACCAGCAACAGGCUAUCUCCAACAGUGAACAAUUCGAAAAUCCAGAUAAACUUCAAGAUAACUUAGAAACCCCUCUAGCAAAGUCAGAUUCCCCAAACGAGAAAACUACUGAAAUAGAGAACAUGGAUGCCACUGACGAAAUCCCCAAACUUGAUGUGGAAAAUGUCGGGAAUGUUGCAGAAACUGACACAAGAGCCCAGCAGAUUGAGAGAAAAGUUGCGACUGACAACAUCGAGAGCGAUGUUCCAGCCAAGACCACUGAAAGCCAAGAAGCUGUUGGAGAAGCUAAGCCACUGUCAGAUAUGGAAGAGGAAGCUAAACAGGACGUACCUGAACCUCCUCCCCAGGCAGAACUUUCUGAUAAGACUGCGCCGGUCGCAAAAGAUCCUGGCACAGACUCAGUUGACGGUACUUCUGUUGGACAGGAUCAAGAUUCUAAAGACAACUUGCCUGCUGGUGAUACCCCUGAGAUUAUUAAAAAGAAGCCUGAAGAUAGCUCUCCAGAAGAACCGAAAGAACCAAAAGAAGAAAUUCCAGCUGUUGAUAAAGAUGAUUCCGUAAAGAGAGUGGAAGAAGAGAAAGUUGUGGAAAAGUUGGAAGAAGCAGAUGAGAAGCCCGACCUGCCUCAUAAAGACGAGGAGGAGAUGCCCUCAUUUGAUGAAUGGAAGCAGAAGAUGUUGGAGCAGCAUGAGCAAGAGAGACAAAAUGGCCAAGCAGGUAAAGGCAGUGCAGUCCCUCCCCCGCGCUCCUUCAGCCUGACGGAGAACAGCAAGAACCACGCCACGUCAGAUUGCGGCGCCAAGAUCCUGAAUUGCAACAAGGAAUCCCAGAAUGCACCUGCCAUACUCCAGUCCAAUAGGGACGUGUACACCUUGAAUCCAUGUUCUGCAAAUAUCUGGUUUUCUGUGGAGUUGUGUGAGCCCAUUCAGGUCAAGUACCUAGAAAUAGCCAACUAUGAGUUGUUUUCAUCCGUACCCAAGAGCUUUCGUGUCUCCAUCAGUGACAGAUUUCCAACUCGUGAGUGGCGACAACUGGGAACAUUCCACGCUCGGGAGGAGCGCUCACUGCAGAGCUUUCCUGUCCAUGAGGAGCAAAUGUUUGCCAAGUACAUGAAGAUUGAGAUGCUCACGUUCUUUGGCAAUGAGCACUAUUGUCCUCUAAGCACGCUCAGAGUGUUUGGUACCAGCAUGGUGGAAGAGAUUGACGAGGAGAAUGUAGCACAAGAAACCAUACAAGACGAUUCAGAAGUCUUGCCAGCGCAUCCAACCCAAGCCCCCAGUGAUGACAACCACGGCUUGUUGCAGAGCGCUAAAGGUCUGGUGCGAAACCUCAUGAACGUCAUCACAGGCAACGGCAGCGUUAAAGAGGCCGUUCCCUGCAAUAAUAAAAACAAGUCCUGCACAGAGGCAGAAGAGAUGCUACCCUGUAUGCCAGAAGAUAAACCGAAAGAGCUGCAGUCCGAACCUUCCAAUGUAUCAGCAACAGCUGAACAAGAAUCUCUACAAUGCAACUCCCAGAACAUGUCCAAUUUCAGUCUGGACUCGGCCCAGUUCCACAAAGAAUGCCCUGGAUCGACGAGGUGCUUCACUCCGAACUACGGCGAAAAGUUUCAGGAUUGCUGCGUCCGCGAAGUCUCGGCAUCCUUACAGACAACGCAUUCGUUUCUGUGCUGCAAGGAUAUGCUUAGUGUGUCGUUGUUGCGCAGUGCGCAGACGCUAGAGCCUUCUAAAGUUCAGAAGGACUCAAUAGGAUCUCCUAAAGAGGUUGAGCAGGCUUCUCAGAAAAAGGAACAGACAAAAUCUGUAGUGGAUGACCUUGACGUCCAAUCACAGAAGAAAACUUCUGAGGAAACAUCUGAACAGAAGCUUGACAGUGAUAAAGACCAAAUUCGGCGCAAGGAAAUUGUGCUUGAGAGUCUUGAGAUCUCUCCUAGUGGUGCUACAGUAUCCAAAACCACCCCCUCUGAAAAGCAUAAACACUCUGAGUCAAAGGAGACGCCAACCAGUACCACAUCACCACAGCCAAUGGCGACGGCAGAAGCGGGAAACAUGCUCCCCUCCCCGACGCCAUCUCUAAAAGCCACCUGUGCCACAGUGCCCACACACCAGCCUGGGAUCAUGCUGCACCCACCGAUCAGGCUUGAGCCCACUCGUGUACAGGAAGAGGCCGAGCAACGGGACCGGGAGAGUCCAGAGCAGCUGCCUCCAAGCAAAUCACCCGCAGUUGAUAAAGAAACUCCUGCUCCACCUGCCAAAGUGGAGAACCUGAAGCCUGAAGAACCUUCUCCUGCGACCGAUUCAUCGCCUGCAGGUGGGAAGGAUGACAGUGCUCAAGUGAAAGAGAAAAGUACUGAAGUGAGUGGUGAAUCUCACGAGAAAGCACCAGUUGAGGAAGCAGCGCCCACAGAACUGCAAGCACCAGUUGCAGAUACCGGGAUAGCAUCCAAAGACUCGGCCGAUGCCAGGAAACCAGAUCCCGCCGUCCCGCAAGACAAAAGCAGACAAGCAGAUGCCACAGAGAAGGACCCGGGUAAAACGGGGGAAGCCGAGGACACUAGGAAAAGCCUUAAAACAGAAACCAAAGAGACUGCAGAAGUAGAAUCAGUUAGUAAGACUCCCGAGAAUGCCAAGUCCGAGACAGCUGGGAAAGGAACCAAAACCGUCCCGGAACUGGGGACCAACGGAAGCAGUGGCCUUGGUUCUGUCGCUCAGAAGGAAUCAGUCUUCAUGAGGCUGAAUAACCGCAUCAAGUCACUGGAGCUGAAUAUGUCCUUGAGCAGCAGGUACCUGGAGGAACUGAGCCAAAGGUAUCGCAAGCGGAUGGACGACAUGCAGAAAGCCUUCAACAAGACCGUCCAGACACUGACAGAGAAUGCCCAGAAAGCAGAAGAGAAGGACCAGAGACAGCAGGAGUACAUCACCCGACUGGAAGGUCAGAUGUCAGAGGUCAUGAUGAACCUGGAGGCAACCAAUCAGAGAUUGGAUGGCCUCCAUAAAGAGGUUGCAGAGCGCCACUUAUUCUUCCUGUUCAUCGAAAUCGUCCUGAUGAGCUUCAUCUUCCUGAUUUGCAUAAGACGCGUCCGUAGAGGGCGCUCCAUAGCCAGCCACAGUACACCUUUUGUCGUUCGUAGUCACGACAAUGGCAUCAGGAGAAACUCCCAUCCGUCAGUAUCCGAGAAGAAGGGGCUUGAAUAUGAGAACAGGACUCCGCCACGGGUCGGCCAAAGAACCAUAUCAGGAGGUAGCUGUGAUGAUCUGCUUAUCAUCGGCCCCAGCACUCCAUUCUUGGAAUCUCUCAAGCAGGUCAAUGAGCCCCCACGCCAGAAACCAAAGAACAAAGCCAAGCACAAACCUACCAAAAGCAUCUCCAACUCCGCCCUGCAACAAAGUCAUCAACCCACCGUCCCGCCCAAACGAGCAUCCAAGAUGACGGCCGCCGGCGUCCUCUUCAGGGGCUCCGCUUUCAGCGGGGGGCGGACACCCCCGGACUCCCCCACAGAUCCCGUCCAUAGGACGGUCAGUGCUGAAGAGAUAAACGGCCGUGUGCAGGACAUUAGCAGGGGUGCUCCCCCUAUGAGGCAACAACAACAACAACAACAACAACGUCCCAAAGUGGGAGGCAGGAAUGUGGUGAAGAAGCAUGGGCUGAUGGUGAAUGGUCGAAGGUAG